AAAUUUACAAGAUGAAGAGAAUCGAUUCCGUGUAGAUAGAUAGGGCAAAAGCCCUAAGUUUCCAAUCAUUUAAUCACCGAUUGCCGGCCAUCCAUGGAUGGAACACGGAACAUCGAUCAAAUUAUCGCGUUGCACAAUAUCGUGAACCCUCCCCACCCACCCAUCCCCCGUUAAAUAGGGUUGAAUUGUGAACGACCGUUUUGAAUAGAAGAUCAUGAUGUCGGUCACGAAUUACAACGAAACCGAUACCGGCACGGUGGCCAAUUAUUUUGGUAAUUCCGAUUUGGAUCAAUCGUUCGCCACCAAUCUGCCCCAGCCAACAGCUACGUCCUCCGUUUUGAACGUGACAACGUUGCCAACAGUGCCAACGGCCACGAAUUACGGCCAAACGAAUCUGCUCGAGAGUUUGAUCGUCCCUCUAUAUGGAAUAAUAUUUCUGCUCUCCAUCGUUGGAAAUUCGUUGGUGUUGAUCACCCUGGCCCGUAACAAGAGGAUGAGGACCGUGACCAACGUUUACUUGUUAAAUCUGGCAGUUUCGGAUCUGCUGCUCGGCGUCUUUUGCAUGCCUUUUACACUUCUUGGACAAGUUCUGAAGAAUUUCGUUUUUGGUAUAACGAUGUGCAAACUCAUACCGUAUUUUCAAGCCGUGUCGGUGUCUGUCGGUGUAUGGACACUGGUCGCCAUCUCUUUGGAGCGUUACUUUGCCAUCUGCAGACCACUGAAGUCGAGAAGAUGGCAAACACAGUUCCAUGCUUACAAAAUGAUUGCCGUGGUUUGGACAGCCAGUCUUACGUGGAAUGCGCCAAUUCUCGUUGUUUCGCGGUUGAAAAGUAUACGGGAUGGAAGACAAAAGUGCCGGGAGGAAUGGCCGAGCGUUGGCGCCGAGCGAGCUUAUAAUCUUUUCUUAGACGGGACCCUGCUUUUAGUUCCCUUAAUCGUGAUGAGCCUGGCUUAUUCUUUGAUCGCAGUGAAACUUUGGCGGGGAUUACGGCAGGAAAUUCGUCAGUCGUCGAAUUGUCAGCAACGUCUGGAGAGGAUAGAAUCGGCGAGGGCGACGGUGAAGAAUUCCACGUAUGACAAAGGCGAUGGAGGGGCGAACUCCACCACGGUCGUACUCAAUGCUUGCGGCGCAUCCUCGAAAUUAAGGCGAGGAUUUCCCUCGUCCUCUCACCACGGAUGCUACCAUGGCGCUCCCCAGGGAGUGGCGUCUAGGAUACGUGUUCCGAGAAUGAAAGUGUCCAGUGUGUUCGGUGGAAAAUUAAAGGGAUCGGAUUUUCCCAAUGAAUCGAGAGUGCAGGUUCGCAGCAAUGGAAACAAUUGUGUUUCGAGGGAUACGAAAGAUUCCUCGAACGAGGAGCAACAAGAUUCGGGCUGUCCAUUCAAUAGGCAACACAUUAUACGCAGCAACUACAUGGGCAAAAGUAUCGAAGCCAAGAAAAAAGUGAUAAGGAUGCUGUUCGUGAUCGUGUUGGAAUUUUUCGUCUGCUGGGCACCGUUGCACGUGAUCAAUACUUGGUAUCUUUUCGCGCCAGAUCUCGUGUAUUCGACCGUCGGCAGCACGGGGAUCAGCCUGGUACAAUUGCUGGCCUACGUAUCGAGUUGCUGCAAUCCAAUCACGUAUUGCUUCAUGAAUCGAAAGUUUCGCCAAGCGUUCCUCGGCCUCUUCGAUUGUCACCGUUGUUGGAGAGUAGGGUGUAGAAACAGCGAUAUCGCGAUGGCGUCGACCAGAAAUGCUGCACAAGCAGGGAACAACAGCGAGCUAAGCGGGAACGAAUCGGCAGUUUAUCUUGGAAAAGCUUCCCUCGCCACCAGAUCAGAAGUGGUACGACUGUUGGAGGAGGAGGACCGCGUCUAGUAUAGGCAGAACGUGUGUUUCACCGAGAACACGAGGCCGAACGUCUCUUUGUUCCAUAACGAGGGGGACGAUUUCUUCUUAAAGAUAUCUUGGCGUCCAUCCACGGACAGAGUUCCUUUCUACGGAGAGAGAUGCCUCUCUGUUAACGAUCUGCACCGUUCCUCGUCGCGUGGAUCAUCCUGCGUGGACAAUCUUAAUUUCCUUUACGACUGAUGGCGACGCGAUCUUGUAAUUAAAUUGUAAGUCUCGUCGUGGAAUUUACGAUUGUUUUUUUUGAAUAAAAGCAAGAUAAUGAUAU